AAUAAUUUCUUAUUAGUUUACAAAGCUGGGCCAAAACCUCCAAUCUCUCCAGGGCACAAGUUAUUUGAGGAAUAUAACUUCCCUUCACCGAGUCUCCCGGCUGCUACUCUUUAGUCUUUACUAAUAAUGUACGUUGCAUUUUCUCCAUACCUUAGAUACAGCAUAGUCCGCCUGUUGACAUGAACUGCCUCAGAUUACAUACAUCCAGUACUUGUUGAUCAAGUCAAAGGAUCAAAAUGAGAUAAUAAAACCUAGCCACAGAAAGAUAAAAUCUCUGAUUUAAACAUAAACUGUAUUAAAGAGUAUUCACAAUGCAUAUAAGUGAAUGAUCCAAUAAAACGCCGUCAAACUUGAGGCAGCUUACAUUUCCAUAGCAUUGACUUAAAACACUUUCGAGGAAUACUAGGAACAAAUAAAAAAGAAAUGAAAAAAAAAAUUAAAAAAUUGAUUGUUACUCUUCAAAAAUAAUGAAAAAUAAUUUUACUUUGUUAUUUUCUACAGAAAAAAAAGAAUCCCACUAUAUAAAAGCUACUAAUUUUGGAUGUUAUAAAGGAUGCCACAUAGGCAAAAUAUUCUCAGCCAUUCAUUCUGCCACGUCACUGAUAACCCAGACCAACAAAUCGUAAUUGCAGCCCAGCCCGUUAACCGGUUUCGCUCACGAAAUUGCUGUCUCCGUCUCUUUGCUGUUGGGCCAGAUUAAAAAAUUUUCCAGCCCAUCCCAUUACUUAUUUCAACUGUCAAACUAUUUUCUUUUGCAUUUUCUAUUAUUUCAGACAAUUUUUUAUUUCAACUGUUUUCUAUAACAAUGUGCAAACCGCCUAAGUUCCCUUUGAUCUUAAAAUAGUACGCCCAAGAUAACAAAACCCCCUCAUUUCACACACAGUCCCUGUAAAUUUCUAUAAAAAACUAAAUUCUACUAUCAAACCCACCCAACAAAUUUACUACUACCACCUAUAAUUAUGGCCCGGCCUACUUAAACUUUAAAAAAAACCAUGACAAUACUUAAAAAAAACACACCCUAACUAUGUUCACUUCAAAAAAAAAAAUUUAAACAAAAUUGCCAAAAAAAUACUAAUUCUCAUUCUUAUCUAUGUAGCACAUGCACCACAAGAUCAAAGCAAUUAGGACAACACUCUCGAACCUCAUCCAAUAAUCGUUAGGAUCCUUAGGGUCUGGCCCAUCACAAAUCACAAAAAUAAAGAUGCUUUCCUAGGGACAACUUUCAUAUGUCUUGACAUCCAGGUUUGUCUAAAAUUCAUAUUUUUAAUUAUUCCAACUAUAUUUCAAAUGAUUGCUUCUAACCACUAAACAGGAACAAAAAAUAGAGGGGAAGGUACCUAUUUCUACGUCUGACACAAUGUACCAACGCUUCGAAGAAGGGAAAAUUUAUCACAUUAGAUAUUUUAAUCUCCUCCCCAAUAACCAACGUUACAGGCUUACCGAUCAACCAUACAUAAUCAAUAUCAAAGAAACAACAACUAUUACACUGAUUCAAGAAAACAUUGCACCGAUUCCUUCAUACAUAUUCCGGCCACAACGCUACACCCAGUUGAUCAGCUUAGCAAGUGAAACCAACUUCCUACCAGAUGUUGUUGGCCGCAUUUGCCUCAUCCAAGGAAGUGAUUUAUAUAACCACUACACAGAUUCAAAAAUCAUCAUUGGAUUACGUUUAGACAGAUCGAAAUUGGUACGUCUAACUUUAUGGGACAAGGAGGCAUCUAAUUUCAGGGAGUUAAAUCGCAUAUCAACAAGGAAAAAACAAGUCGUAAUCAUCACAAGUAUCAUUCCACGGAUACAUGAAGAAAAACUAUCACUCACAGCAACACCUGGAACGCGCUUCUACUUUAACAACGAAAUUGAUAUCAUUCAACGCUUCCAAAAGAGGAAUAAACUGCUAUCUUAAGCCUCAUAGCAAACACCACCAGUCAACUUUUAAAACAUUUACGUUACCACUUCCUACGUCAAUUAAAUUGUCACACACAAAGAUUAUUUUCUCAUUCAAAUAUCGAAUUCCUCAAAACUAUUUAUUAUUCAUACUUACAGUUGUUUUUUAAAAAAAAAUGAUCACCGUUUCGAACUUCUCCCCUGUAUAAAAAAACAAAACUUAACUUAUCCUUUCAGAAACCAAAAAACACACAAUUUUAAUUCACCUGAUUUUUAUUAAACAUGUAAUCCGCGCGCAGCGCGGACGCCGGCCCUAGUCUAUAAUAUAAUGAGGGAGUUUCUCUCCUCCUGAGGUGACACGUCAGCACUUUUUAAAGGGGCCAAAUUUAUUUUCGUAUAAGACUUACGUCGCCCUGGCUAUAACAACUAAAGUCUACUUGGCCCAGUGGUAUAACCUGCUCAUAGUAAAGCUUGAGUGUACGGGUUUGAAUCCCCCUGGCUUCCUUUUAAUUUUUUUUCUAUUACACCUUCAAGGCUCCUUAAGGUGUCCACGUGUGCACUUUGUGGGUCCCACCUUUAGUUUUCUUUUUAUUUUUUCUUCCUUUUGUCGGGUGAGCUGC